GCGCCACACACAUCGCGUGCUUCCUGGUUCAAGCGCGUCCUCCUGGACUUAUCUAGUGAUCGGCCGCCGUCCGAAGCUACAUACGACACCGACACACGACGUCAACGUCCUCCCUCCACACAUACUCUACUCUACAUACCCUCACACACCAUCACAUCUCCCCCCCUCCCCUCUUCAGGACCCCUAAGCGAAUUCUCUUCCCUUUCGUUCGGCUACCCACUUCGGCAUAACUUCGAGCAGGGGUAGUAGUAGGUAAUUGCCAGUUCUUACAGACGGACACCGCCCGAGGAAGAGAGGGAGGGAUCCAGAUAUCUACCGUACCUACUAUAUACUUUACGCGCUCGGAAACCCAACCCAGCAGACAACAACAACAUCGAGUUCCACCCACCACUCGACAACUUUGCCUCCUCCACCCACUUCUCAUACUGCUCCCACUCACAGCGGACAUGUCGACACAACCACCGCCGUCUUCGGCGGCAGACCUGGAGCGCCUCCGGAACCUGGAGGAAUUCGCCGCGCUGGGGCAGUUCCUGUACCUUUUCGGCACGGAUCUGCUGGGUCUUCCGGACUCCUUCAGCCUCGAGGACCUCGAGACGGAGCUAUUCACGGCGCAGUCGGAGAUCAUCGUACGGAUCAGCAUGGGCCUUCUGCGGGCGGUAUCGUCGCACCGCGGGCUCGUGCCGGAGCAGUUCGAGGAGUACGCGCGCCGCCAGUAUGUCGCGCGCAAGCCGGGGAUGCCGGACCCGUUCGGAGAUGAGGCCGAGGGCGCCGCAAGAAGGUUCGUGGAGCUGGAUGUCUUCACGCGCGUGCGCAUUCUGCACCAGCUCAGCGUCUGGGCAUUCCAGCACCCCGAGAGGGUCAGGGAUAAGGUCAAGAAUGCGGGUGAGAAAGAGCAAUUGCUGUGGAGAAUGGAGCCUGCGGGUUACGAUAGGGCCGGAAAUACCUACUACAUCCUCGAUGAUAACCGCUUGUAUCGGCGCACACCUUGGACUGCAGAGCCGCCGCCGCCGCCAAAGAAGUCAAAAGCCAAGAGGAAGGCAGCCAAGAGACGUCGGGUGUCGACGGCGGAGGAGGACGGAGAGGAAGAGCGGAGCAUCGGUGGACUCUGGUCGUGUGUAUGUGUUUCGCUGCACGACUGGACUGUCUUCGUCAGUAGCUUCGACAACUCCAAGGAUGUGGACGAGAAGGCACUUCGGGCGUACCUUAAGGAAGAGGUGGUACCGGACUUGACCAAGACCUGGCUGGAGAAGGAGAAACAGCGUCAGUUGCAGGAGGCGGUUGCCAACAGGAAGAGGUCGGGACGGUUAGACGCCAAGAUUGCUCGUCAGAAGGAGGAAGAGCAGAAGGCGGCUGCAGCGAAAAAAGAAGCUGAGGCGGCGGCUGCAGCGAGAAAGGAGAGACUCGAGGCCGAAAAGAAGGAGAAGGAGCGAGCGAUCAGAAUGAGGAUCAGGCAAGAGAGACUCAAAACGCAGAGUCACUCAAUGAUCACUUCCAAGGCCAAUUCCAGUCGCGGCACUUCUGCUGAUGACUCCUCAUCCUCCGCCAUGAGAAGGUCGUCCAGAAGAGCUAAAGCUGAGCCCCCCAAAGAGGAGAAGAUCGAGGAUUGGGUCUUUGAUUGUGUAUGCGGCGCUCACGGAAUCAACUAUGAAGAUGGAACGAACAUCAUCGCCUGUGAUUCCUGUGACGUCUGGCAGCACCUCAAGUGUGUGAAACUGCCGCCAGGUGGUGAGGAUGCCGACUUCAUCUGCGACCUGUGCUUGCGCUACAAGGAGAGCCGCGAGGGACCGGUAGAGCCGAACGGAUUGCCACCCAGCCCGCAGAUCAUCAAGCUCCGGGUAGGCCCUCCUUCGCCCGAAAAGGCCAGAGGUCCGUUCGACGAAGCUGUUGGUUCGGCGGUGACUGCUAAUAGUUCGCCAAAACACUCCGAAUUCACGGAGCCGAUCGCGAUGGAUAUCGAGAACAGUGCUACUACUAUUGGAAAACCGCCCUUGGGUAUGGCAGAUGUUGGCGGCGGCGGCACGUCUAGGGACUUACCAACUGGAGAGCCCGAUCAGAAUUAGGACCUCUGCCUAAUAACCUUUAGAUAGGCAGCGAUGCAGUUUCAACGACAUGUUUUCGAUGUUUUCUUGUCACGGGUGGGGAAUUUCUGAGAUGGGGAGUUUGGGAUGAAACAGAUCACGGCGUUCGAUGUCUCAUAUCUUGUCAGUUUUACAGCUCUAGAGUCCAGAAACCUUAGAUCAUACUUUUUUAGAGGCUUGAUGGAGGUUGCGUUGCGUCGUUGAGUUGUGUUGCACUAAUUGCGGACCGCGGCUCGAAUGGGA